AUGGCGAGUUUCAUCCAGCAUUGUCUGACCACCGGAUGGUCCUUCAAAGAUGGCGAGGAUCAAUCUCCUGAUGCUUGGAUGCCUGUUUCUAGUGUGCCGUCUGUCAUUCAUCAGGACCUACAGCACAACGGAAGAUUGAAGGACCCUUAUAUCGGCUUUAAUGAGCUCGAGGCCAGAUGGGUCAAUGAAAAAUCAUGGUCGUACAGGAACGUAUUUGAAAAGCCGACCGUCCCUGCUGGUUCCAGGGUCGUUCUGGCAUUCGACGGCUUGGAUACUUUUGCCACGGUGCGACUCGACGAUAAGAUCAUUCUUGAGAGCAGCAACAUGUUUCUAGCCCAUCGCAUCGAUGUCACAGAAGCCCUGGAGGCAGAAGGUGAACAUGUCCUUCAUAUCGACUUUGACUGUGCCAUGCUGCGCGCUAAGGAGCUCCGGAAGCAAGACCCCAAGCACAACUGGGCUUCCUUCAACGGUGACCCGGCCCGGCUUGCCGUCCGCAAGGCUCAGUAUCACUGGGGCUGGGACUGGGGUCCAGUACUGAGCACUGCCGGCAUUUGGCGAGACGUACGGCUAGAGGUAUAUUCUGCUAGAGUAGCGGACCUCUGGACGGACACGGAUCUAGCUGCGAACCAUCAGCAUGCGCGGGUCAAAGCCUAUGCCGAAAUCGAUGCUAUUGACAACCCCAUUUCAACAGCCAUCUUCAUCUUGAGUAAAGAUGGCAAGGAGAUUGCUCGUCAAAUUACCACACCGGACAAUAGAAUUUCCAAAGCGACAUUUGACAUCGACCAACCAAGCUUGUGGUGGCCAAAUGGGUACGGUGACCCGAACCUGUACGAGGUUUCUGUCUUAAUAGAGAAGGACCAGAUUGAACUGCAUCAUGUUUCGAAAAGGAUCGGCAUAAGAACUGCAGAGGUUGUUCAGCGACCGGACAAGCAUGGCAAAUCGUUUUUCUUUCGGAUCAACGGAGUCGACAUCUUUUGCGGCGGCUCGUGUUGGAUUCCUGCAGACAAUUUUCUGCCCAGCAUUACCCGCGAACGGUAUCGAAGUUGGAUCGAACUGAUGGUUGCUGGGCGUCAAAUCAUGAUAAGGGUUUGGGGUGGCGGUUGCUACGAAGACGACAACUUCUACGAAGCAUGCGAUGAGCUUGGCGUGCUUGUAUGGCAGGAUUUUAUGUUCGGCUGUGGCAACUACCCGACCUGGCCAGAGCUGCUUGAGUCAAUUGAAGAAGAAGCCGUCUAUAACGUGCGCCGUCUGCGACAUCAUCCAGCUAUUGUCCUUUAUGCGGGAAACAACGAAGACUACCAAGUGCAAGAAUCGGCUGGCCUCACCUAUGACUUUGAGGACAAGAACCCUGAAAAUUGGCUGAAGACGGACUUUCCGGCCCGUUACAUAUACGAAAAGCUACUCCCAGAUGUGGUAGACAAACUUUCUCCGCAGACAUUCUAUCAUCCAGGAAGCCCUUGGGGAGAUGGAAAGAAGACAUCUGAUCCGACAGUCGGAGACAUGCAUCAGUGGAACGUCUGGCAUGGAACGCAAGAGAAAUAUCAGAUUUUCGAUACCCUUGGCGGACGGUUUAACAGUGAGUUCGGCAUGGAAGCUUUUCCCCACCUAUCUACCAUCAAUCACUUUGUCGAGCACGAGAAAGAUAAAUAUCCGCAAUCGCACGUCCUCGACUUCCACAACAAAGCCGAUGGACAUGAGCGACGUAUCGCUACAUAUCUCGUGGAGAAUUUGAAGACAGCUACGGAUCUGGAGACAUACACCUAUCUCACUCAAGUCGUGCAAGCAGAGACCAUGAUGUUCGGGUACCGAGGGUGGCGUCGACAAUGGGGCGAUGAGCGACACUGCGGUGGUGCUUUACUCUGGCAGCUCAAUGAUUGCUGGCCGACCAUUUCAUGGGCUAUUGUGGACUACUUCCUGCGACCUAAGCCGGCAUUCUACGCGGUGGCCCGAGUACUGGCUCCGUUGGCAGUAGGCGUGCGACGUGAGCAUCACGACUGGAGCGUUACGCAUGCACAGCCUCCGAAGACGAGUAAAUUUGAGCUCUGGGUCGUCAGCUCUUCUCAAAAAGAGAUGAGGGGAACCGUUGAACUUAAGUUCCUGUCCAUCAAGACUGGUCAGGAGGUUCGAGAAAGCGUGGUUCACGGGAACAUCGAUAUUCAGCCAAAUGGUACGACCAAUCUCAUCGUGGAUGGUCUGAUUGAUCAUGCAGUGUACUCUGAGCCGCACGUUCUCGCUGCUCGCUUGUUGAUUGACGGUCAAGUUGUUGCCAGAGAUGUGGACUGGCCUCAGCCUUUCAAGUACCUCGACUUCUCGGACCGGGGGCUUGUGGUGGAGAAGAUUUCCGAGAAUCCUGAGCAGCAGACCCUGAAGAUCAGCGCACAGAAGCCAGUGAAAUGUCUGGUUUUUGAAGAACGGGACGGGGUGAAGAUUAGCGACAGCGCCAUGGACAUCAUCCCAGGCGAUGAUCAGACUGUUACUGUCCGGGGGUUGAAGGAAGGUGAUUCGCUGAAGUACCAGUAUCUUGAUCACUAA